CGACCUUCCAUAUCCUUACAAUGUACGCGUAUAACUCCAAGUUUCUACCCCCUCGAUUGCUCUCAACACGGACUGUACUAGGCUCUCGAACCUCAUAUCUCUGAAGAGAUCAUGAAGCUUCAUCACCAAAAACACCAUCAGACGUACGUCAAUGGCCUGAAUGCCGCCGAAGAAUCCUACUCCAAGGCCGAAACUCCAAAGGCAAAAAUAGCCCUUCAGCCAGCGCUCAAGUUCAACGGUGGAGGUCACAUCAAUCACACACUCUUCUGGAAGAACCUCGCUCCUGCAAACGGUGAUGGGGGGAAACUACCCGACGGUCCACUCAAGCAGGCUAUUGAACGUGAUUUUGGUUCGCUCGAGGAAUUCAAGAAGUCGUUCAACGCCAAAACUGCCGCAAUUCAGGGAAGCGGAUGGGGUUGGCUUGGAUACAACGCGACCACGAAGAAGCUCGAAAUUGUUACCACUCCCAACCAGGACCCUCUUAUUCAGCAUGCCCCAAUCAUUGGUGUGGACAUUUGGGAACACGCCUUUUACCUCCAAUACAAGAACGUCAAGCCCGAUUACUUGAACGCGAUUUGGAAUGUGAUUAACUUUAAGGAGGCUGAGAAGAGGUUUGUUGAGGCGUCCAAGUGAACAGUUGUAUCGUAUACGAGUACAUAGCGCGAUAAUACUAUUUUCCUGAACUCAACGGA